UAGUAAGGGGGUGUCUAGCACCUGGAGUGCUGGUAUCUUCUGGGCCAGUGGCCAAGCAAAACAGGGCAACACGAAAAUAGGAAGGUUAUCUACAUUGGACUCUUGCAGAGACUCUUUUGCUGACAGUACUAAAAUCAGCCAUGGUGAAGAUUUCUGGAAAGGCCCAGUUAAGACUUUUCUGUGGAGAAAGGGGGUGCUACUACAGUAUCAUAAAGACAAGUAAAUUAAUAGUGACACCUCAUUAUACUGUUUGCAGAGUAAAACAAUGAUAUUUUACAUAUACUGCAUUAAAGACAUCACAAUCAACCUCACCUGUGACUUUCUCUCUUGUCUUUUGAAUCAUCUUGUUUUUGCUGGGCUGGAACCCAGGGCCUCAAUUUGCCAGAAAAGUACUGUAUGGCUGAGCUGUGCCGGGUUGUUUCACCUGUUUCUUUGAACGUUUUCAUGUGGCCUUCAGAAAAGUCAAAGGUACUUACUGAGCACUUCAUUUCAGUUGAACCGGCCUCCUUUCCAGGGCUCAGGCCCACCCUGAACCCAGGGCAGGAAGGUCAUGUGACUUAAGGUCUUAACAUACUCCUCUGUGGCUCCCAUGUGCAUAGCACCCAAUUCUACACAUCCCGGGUUACCCAUGGUCUGGCCCCAGCCCAGGAGGAGGUGCUGCCUGAAAAAGGGCUGGGCCUAUUUCAUCAGGGAUUGGUUACUUUGUUGUCCAAUCAGGCGCGCAGCCGGGGCAAGGGCGGGCUUCCGCAGACUGGCGCUUUCCUUGCUGGGCUGCUUGGGUCUUUUUUCCUCAGGUCGCGGGUCUUGGGCACGGAUUUUGGGCGACUCUGCAUAGCCAGAGAGCCCCAUGAGCUCGGGUGGCUGAAGUUCCUUCGUGAGGACGGCGGGUGACCCCGGAGGCCCAAACGGAGAGUGUGCGGCCAGGGCUGGCGGGACCCGGCGGGCGGCUCAGAAUCCAUCUCCAGGACUGUGUCUUCUCUGCUGUGUGAGGCCCAAGUGGCUCUGGCUCAGGUCUAUCUCUUUUUGACCUGCAGGUGCUAUGAGGUCCACAGGAAGGAUGUCAGGACUCCCCAGAAGGCAGGAAAUGACCUCAGUGUUCUUUGAAGAUGUGGCUGUGAACUUCACCCAGGAGGAGUGGGCUUUGCUGGAUCCUUCCCAAAAGAAUCUCUACAGAGAUGUGAUGCAGGAAGUCCUUAGAAACCUGGCUUCUAUAGGAUUCAGAUGGGAGAACCAAAGUGCUGAAGAUCAGAACACAAAUCCUGGGAUAGAUCUAAGGCACAUCAUAUCUCUCUCUGCAAACAAACCACAUGAGGAUGAGGAGUGUGGAGGAAAGCCAUAUGAAUUUAAACAGAACAAAAAAUCCUUUAUUUCUCUCACAAAUGUUCAAAGACACGUGUCAGAGUGCACUGUAAAUGGAUCGUAUGGAUGUUUGACAUGUGGAAAAGAGUUUAUUUGUUCCAGGUGUAUUGAAAAAUCUCGACGAUCUCAUACUAGAGAGAAGAUAUAUGGAGGCAAGCAAUGUGGGAAAGCCUUCAGUACUUCAAAUUAUCUUCAGUUACAUGUACAAACUCACACUGGAGAGACGGCUUACAGAUGUAAACAAUGUGGAAAUGCAUUCAUUAGUGUGGCUAAUCUUAAAGUACGUGAAGAAUCUCAUAAUGAGGAGAUUAUGAGUUGUAAACAAUGUGGAAAAGCCUUCAGUUGUUCCAGUUCCCUUCAAAAACAUGAACAAACUUAUGCUGGAGAGAACCCUAAUCCAUGUGAACAAGGUGGGAAAGCCUUUUUUAUAUCCUCUAAGCUAUACACACAAGAACAAACACAUAGAGGAAAGAAGCUAUAUGAAUGUAAACAAUGUGGAAAAGCCUUCACUAGUUCUUCUUAUCUUCAGAUUCAUAAACGAACUCAUACAGGAGAGCUCAAUGAAUGUAAACAAUGUGGUAAAGCCUACACUACUUCAUCUUACCUUCAGAUACAUAAAAGAACUCAUACUGGAUUGAAGCCCUAUGAAUGUAAGCAGUGUGGCAAAGCCUUCACUCAGUCCAGUCACCUUCAAAUACAUAAAAGAACUCAUGCAGUAAAGAAGCCCUAUGAAUGUAAACAAUGUGGGAAAUCCCUCUGUAGUUUUUCUUACCUUCAAAUACAUGAACGAACUCAUACUGGAGAGAAGCCCUAUAAAUGUAAACAAUGUGGAAAAGCCUUCACUUUUUCUAGUCCCCUUAAAGUGCAUGAACGAACUCAUACUGGAGAGAAGCCCUAUGAAUGUAAACAGUGUGGUAAAGCCUUUGCUACAUCUGGUAACCUUCACUCACAUGAACGAACUCAUACAGGAAGAAAGCCCUAUGAAUGUAAACAAUGUGGAAAAGCCUACAGUGGUUCUACUUGCCUUAAAAUACAUGAAAGGACUCAUACUGGAGAGAAGCCCUAUGACUGUAAGCAGUGUGGCAAAGCCUUUACCCAGUCCAGUCACCUUCACUCACAUGAACGAACUCAUAGAGGAAAGAAGGCCAAUGUGGGUAAACAAUCUGGUAAAGCCUUCAGUUGUUCCACUUAUCUUCCUGUGCAUGAAAAGCCUCACACUGGAGAUAAGCCGUAUCAAUGUAAAUAGUAUGGUAAAAUUUUCAUUUUUUUCCCUUUUCCUUUGAAUACAUGAACUAUCUCUGUGGAGAAAGGCCCUAUAAGUGGAAAUUGAUGACCUUGGUAAAGCCUUCACUAGUUUGACUUAUUAUGAAAGAUAUGAAAAAUCUCAUACUGGGGAAAAACUUUAUGGAUGUAAACAAUGUGGGAAAGCCUUCACUUAUACCUUUGGGCUUUGUGUACAUAAAAAUAUUUAUACAGGGGACGACCCUAUGAAUGUAAAUGGUGUGUUAAAUCCUU